AUAACCUUGUGGCACCGGUUGAGUACUGUCAAACCAAUUGAAGAAACGGUGUUAAAAACCAGUUUUUGAUGCUUUAUAUGACGUCAACAUGAGCAGAUAUAUUUUCCCAGUCUCCUUUUUUGGAACAGUGUUUGGAGCUGCUGUUUUACUGAAGAACCAUGUGACUGGAGGCCCGUGUCCCAGUAAGGCUACCAUUAAUGGGAAAACUGUGGUGAUAACCGGAGCCAACACAGGCAUCGGGAAGGCGACUGCCAGAGAACUGGCAAAGAGAGGGGGUCGGAUCAUUAUGGGAUGUCGGGACAUGGAGAAGUGUGAGGAGGCUGCAAAGGAAAUAAGAGGGAAGACCCUGAAUCCUCACGUUUACGCGUGUCACCUCGACCUGGCCUCCAUGAAAUCCAUUCGAGAGUUUGCAGAGAGAAUCAAACAAGAGGAGCAACGUGUGGAUGUACUCAUAAACAAUGCUGGAGUCAUGAGAUGUCCAGCAGGGAAGACAGAAGAUGGCUUCGACAUGCAGUUUGGAGUUAACCACUUAGGCCACUUCUUGUUGACAAAUCUUCUGCUAGAUAAGUUGAAAGAGUCCGCCCCCAGCAGAGUUAUCAACCUGGCCUCACUUGCCCACCUCGUUGGAAAGAUUGACUUUGAGGACUUGAACUGGGAGAAGAAAAAGUUUGAUACCAAGCAGGCGUACUGUCAGAGCAAGCUUGCCAAUGUUCUGUUCACCAGAGAGCUCGCCAAACGAUUACAAGGCACAGGAGUCACAGCGAAUGCUGCUCACCCAGGCGUAGUUGCCACAGAGCUCGGGAGGCACACCGGUCUGCACCAAUCACAGUUCUCGAGCUCUGUGCUCAGUCCCUUUUUCUAUCUGUUGGUAAAGAGCCCAGAGCUGGGGGCCCAGCCCAGCAUCUACCUGGCAGUGUCCGAGGAGAUGGAAGGGGUGACGGGAAGGUACUAUGAAGUGAUGACAGAAAAGGAACCGGCGCCCCAAGCCCUGGAUGAGGAGGUAGCUCGCAAGCUGUGGGAGGUCAGCAGCAGGCUGGUUGGUCUGGAGGAGAAAGAACAAUCAGAAAAGUCAAACCCACCGACAGAAGUCCAGAGCAAAGCUGCACAGACUGUCCAAGACCAGAGACACGGACAGAGCCCUGUCAGUGCUGUGGGGCUGUAGACCUGCUCUGGCCUCUGGGCCGGUAGGGGAUAAUGGACCUUUAUUGCUUGAGCUGUGUCUGGCUCAUUGGAGCAAUUAACUGUCGGAGUUAAUUAGUCUGGUUGUCUGAAUAAAGUAUUUUGUACAUGCAUUGAUGUUCCUGCAUCAGGAUAUUUUCUUUCAAACAUUUUUAACAAGCAGACUUUGACAAAGGACUCUUUUUUGGAAGAGCAAGACUAUGUAUCAUUUUAAAGAACACUUGUUUCCUAACAAAUAUCGACACACACUUACUCACUUCAGUAGACUCAGGGGUUUUGCUGCUACAGCCUCCCUUGGUCUGGUAUGACCAGUAGCUUAUAGUGGCCAAUGUUAGCUAACGCUUGCAACCUUUGACAAUAAGAAGUCAGUUUGUUUGUUUGUUUGGUUGACUUUAUGACCCUACUCUACUUGUGCUACUGUUAAAGAAGGUUUUUAGCAUUUACCAUUGAAUAAGUUUCAUAUUCUUACUUUAAGUUAUUUGUAUUUGUUCAAACACAUUGGGAAAAUGGUAUAAACAGUGCUGCAUAAAUAAUCUUAAGUAAAGAGGUAAAAAUGAAACGCCAAAGUAUUGUUUGCAUUUUGUAAUACCAUGUAAUUUACAAGUGCCUUCAUCAUAUCAAGUUUUAUUGUAAAAUUUAAAAAAAAACCUGAAAAUGUAAAAUCUCCACCAUGAAACAAUGGAGCCAUUGUUGUUUUUAUGCCUGUUGGAACAUUUCACAGACAGUAUUCAACAUUUAUCUACACAGACACCAGGAAAACGAGUAAAUCAAGUUUUAGUAAAUUGAACCAUUUCUGUUUAUUUAUUAUAUAUUAUUAUGUAUAUUAUAUAUUAUUACAUAUUGUUUGCAGAGAGAGGCAUUCUCACACGUUUACUUCAGGUUCAUAUUGAGAGACAAAUGGCGCCAUCUGGCUGUUGGCAUCAAAUUACAGACUGUUGUGACACAUUUUUGACAUUUUUCAUACAAAUCAUGUGUAACUGCUGACCAUUUAUCCCAAUGUGUUUCAAGCUUGUGAAUGUUUUUUCUGUAUCCUGGAAGCCUUUGAUUUACUUUAUUUAAACCUGGUUAGAAAGUCAGUUUGAUAAUCAAUCAUAGAAACAUUAUCUGCUUAAAGAAAAAUCUUAUUUGUGUUAAUGUUGCAUGGUAAUCCAAUGCAGAUUGCAUUAGACUG